AUGCUGCGUCCGAAACUCCGACGCCUGAGCACCGACUCAGCUGACCUGUCGGACUAUGAACUCGCCAGGAGCCGCCGAGCGUCGCUCACCGCCGAGCAGCGGCGCAAGCUGAGCAUGCUCAGGACUUCCAGCACGCCCCAGCCGCUGUCGCCGGUGAGCCACAUUUACCAUUUGGUUCCCUGCCCGAGACAGUGCUGCCACCAGUCAGAUGAAACGAUCGACGAGAUCAAAGCCGCGUUCAGUUCAUGUUCGCAUUCACAAGCCUUCGUCUUUAAUUUC